AUGGAUGAAUAUAAAGACGAGAGUAUGAUGAGUGAGCUUCAAAAACCAGCGAUUAUGCUUGGACAAACGUACGAGGAAAUGAAUGAUUUAGUUGGACAUCUAUUCAAUGAGUCAAAAUACAACAAAAUCCUAAGACCAUUACAAAACCAAUCAAAUAAAAUACAGGUAAAUAUUACUAAGUAUCUCAAAAGAGUGGAAUACUUUGACAUCACAACGGGGGAAGCACUUAUAUCCGCCUUCUUUGAAAUCAGCUGGAAAGACGAAUAUCUAACAUGGGACCCUCUUCGAUAUGGCGGAAUAAAAAGUAUUCAACUUCCAAAAGGUAAAUUCUGGCAACCGGAGUUUAAAUUGAUGAGUGGACUUCGCAAUGAUGCGUUUUCAAUUUACAGUAAUGGCGUAUUUCCCGCUUUGGUUGAGUACAAUGGAGAUGUUAUAAUGGUUUCGGGAGGUACGUACGACACAAGAUGCGACGUUGAUACAACACUGUAUCCAUUUGAUAUUCAUCAUUGUAAUUUUAAUAUCAUAGUGUCUAAUUAUGGCGCAAAUGAAUUAAUAAUUCACUCGCCUUCAAGUAACAUUGAUGAACUUGAGGAAAACGACGAAUGGGUCAUUGAAAGUUUAAAUACAGCAGUUUCUCUAAGUAAAGAAAAAAGAAUUGGAAAAGUUUCUGUUCCAAUGGUUUGGAUGUCUUUGACUUUGAAGAGAAGACCGGCGUUCAUUAUCAUUAACAUUUAUACACCUUUAAUGCUUAUGACAUUUCUUAAUAUGGCGACAUGUCACGUUAGACCAGAUUCGGGAGAAAGACUGUCAUUUGCAAUUACAUUAUAUUUAUCAUUAGUAUUUUCUGCAACUGCAGCAAUAGAGAAGAUACCAAAUAAUUCAUUGCGUAUGCCAUGUAUGUCAUAUGAAGUACUUAUAAUAAAUCUAAUCAAUACAAUUGGGGUGGCGUGGAGUAUAUUUAUUGUUAACUUGGCUAGUAUACAAGUAAUUGAUCAGAGGAAAGUCCCGAGCCUAAUUUUAAACAUGGUUGUGAAAAGGAGGCAAAAUAAAACAUGUCUGUUUAAUAAAAUUGAGUCUGGUAGAGAAACGGAGCAGACAAUGGAAUCGAAUGAAAAUGAAGAGGUACAUAGUAUCAAGGAUGGUAUUGAAAAAAAUCCAAAUAUUUCUAAAAAUAAGUUUCAACAUGAUAUCAGCGGACGUGAAGUUGCUGAUGUGGCUGAUAAUUUAUUCUUUUGGUUACUUGCGCUUUCAAUUAUAUUUCUCAAUGUCACUAUUGUUUCCGUUUUAAUCGGCACCUGGGCACAAUCAUAG